AGAUAGAGAGAGAGCGAGAGAGAGAGAGAGAGAGAGAGAGAGAGAGAGUAUAUAUAUACCCCAAGGAAGCUGGUGCUCACAGGCACAGCUGGACUACUGGAUAACUGGACUGCAGCCUAUUGGAUACUUGACUUUAAAAAAGGCACCAGCAAAGGCUCUGUCUCUGGAAAACAUAUUAAAUUAGUUACCGUGACGUACUUAAUGCAAAGAUGAACACGGUUGCAGACUGGCUCGUACAGAACAGGGACAAGAUCGAGAAGGGUGUGGAGAUCAUGGGGCAGGCCUCUGAGGUGCUGGCUUCCACAGUGGGCCAGCUUCACCCCAUCCUGGAGGCUGUGUUCGUGGCCUCGGCCGAGCUCCUCAGCAACCCGGACGGAAAAGAGGCUCGCUACCUGACUCAGCAGUUCGAAAUGGUCAAUCAAAAACUCGAGGGGAUCCAAGACGAGAUUGAUCAAAUCGCCCUGGAGCUGCAGAGGACGUCGAUGAACAAGCAGAACUUUGACAGAGAGGCGCAGAUGCUCAGUCAGUAUGAGAAGUUCCAGGAUUUUGUCAACGCCAAGCCAAAGUUCAAGGAGAAGAAGAAGGAGAAGUUUAUCAGUCAUUACGAGAACACUGACGCUGAUUUGAACUUGGAUGCUCUUUACAACUCUGUCACUGGGGAGAACACCUCUGGAGACCCUAUGCUGGAGACAGUAGUCGCCACCGAGCAGAGAAGCAGAAGGGCAGUUGAGGAUUUCUGUGCUCGACUGAAAAAGCUUUUUGUGGUGGGCAUUAUUGCCGUCAUGGGUCACGCUGCCCUCAAAGAUGGAGCUGUCGGGGAGGACAUGGUGAAGAAGUGGCAAUCUCGGAUGGAGGAUGUUGAGAAACGGAUGAAAGCAGCCGUGGAUGACUGUACAGAAAACUUUGCCGAACAAGCCAAGCUGGACAUGGAGCACCUGCUUCAGGAGAAUCCUGGCACGGUUGAUCCCGAAUUCACCAAAUCCCUGUUGGAUUCACUGGUGAAGAAGUACGACUGGGUGAGCUGGUCCAUCAGAGCCUUCAGUGACAGGGAGCGCAUUUUCUUUUUCAACUGGCUGGCAGGGAAGAAGUACCAAGGAAGCGGAGGAGCCAACUGGUUUGAUAUUCUGACCAAGAACAAGAUCAAGGUGGUGGUCUCGUUCUGCGUCAACCCAAAGCCCAUUAAUAAGAGUCAGAUCCAGGAGCUGAUUGAGCAGCAGAAGCUGAAGGGGAACAUGAUGGCAGUGGCUCUGUCUUUGAACAAGAGCUUCCCCAACUGCUUGGUCCAUGCUGUCAGUCAUUACAAGGCAGUGGUGGAGACCAACAACUUCCAAGAGGAUUCGUAUUAUUAUGGAAAACACAAAAGAGCGUACCUGUGCAUCCACCCUGAGUAGGCUCGCAGAAGAAAAUGUCUAGCUUCUUACAAAUGAAUUCAUGAAUGUCUUUAAAGAGACUUAAACUUCACAUCUAUAUUCCUGAAUAUCAUAUCUGUUUAUGUGUAAUCUAUUCUGUCUGGGUGGUUUUUUUGUUUCUAUUCUCAGCGUCUAUUUUGUCAGCAACUUCAGGGUGUUAAAGAAAUUUCCGAGCCAUAUAUUUCCAUGCCAGCUUUGUCUUAGUUGUGAUAAUUAAAUGUGUGAUCUGGGUAUUAAUCAGAUUGGGAGAUAAAAACAAUAUCAGUUGGCUAUAGCUGCCAAAAACUUUGACAUUCAUUUGUACCAACCUACCCUUGAACAAUGUCAAGAACCAAUGAGCUAGGCUGAUUCAUGGUAAGAUGAGAUGUUUUUGUGCUUUUUGCAUCACUGUGAUGAUAUGUAUCAUAAAAAGAUUUUGAACAUUGAGAACCUUGGGCAAGAAAAUGGGAUUGUUUUUCCCGAAAAAUGAACUGGCCGGCUUAAUGGAUAAAGGAUUUUUAAAUUUUUUUAUUAGGAGAAAUGUGUUUAUUUUCUUGUUUGUACUCUCAUGUCAGCCUCAGAAAACAGCUUGUUGGACACUCGGCUCUCCCCAAACAUACUAUGCUAAAAUUGUCCUUUCAACAACUCAUAAGCUCAGAUGGGAACAUGUUAUUUCCAAAUUAAUAUACAUCGUCAGCCAAAUACGUUAAUUUUAAAUGUUUUAUGUUGUUAAUUCAUACCGUUUGCACUGAUUCAUAGAGCUAGCACUGAACUACUGCCCCCUAUUGGCAGUAGGAGGGAAAUACAACUCAUAAAAGUGUUUUAAUGUCAAAGAAAAUGUCAUUUUUAGUUUUUUUAAAAAGCCACAAAGUUCAAUCCUUUCAUGUGCAUGUAAACGCUUUGAGCAUUAGGGCACGAGUUUGACUCCCAGAUGAAUUUUUUCACUUCUGCUUUCUGUUUUUUUACCAACACAACAACUUUGUCAUGUCCUGGUUAGGUUUAGGAAACGACAUCUCUUGUUUACAGCUUUAAAUUUAAACCAAUCAUGGUCAGAACUUACAUCCCCCGUACUGUGCUGCCACCUCUUUGGAAGUCAUAUUGACACUUAAAGUGCAGUUUCUGCCAUUACCAUUACAGGUUGUCUGAUCUUCUAACGCAACUUCACGUUAUAGUUACCUGAAAGAACAAAUGACCUGUAGCGCCAUUUUUAAGUAGGAGAAUAGUCUCUAUUUCACAGGAUCAUUUACUAUGUCAUUCUGUGGCUGGAAGAAGUGACUUCAAAGUCUUUACACAAAACCUGAGAAGCCACAGUUAGUCUGUCUGUACAUGUGGGCCUUUGUAUGGCUUAAACAAACAAAAGCCUCUCAACAAGUGAGCUUAACAAGUUCUGGACCAGGCUUUAUUUCCUUGAUCCCAGUUUCUGUGCAGAGCUAAUAUUCACCUUAGGGCACAUGGGUCGUGUAUAGGAUAAAAAUUUGGGUAGCAUGGAUCUACUCUGGGUAAGAAAGCAAAGAAACUGAAACUGCAAAAAGGCUACUAGACUGUAGAAUUGUUGAUUGCUUGUUGAUGGUAUCUUAGUUGGUUUUCCAGAAAAUAUGCAUUACUCUCUAUAUUUACUGCAAGAUCUAAAUGGUAAAUAAAAUUCUAGAGGAUAUUGUGUUUUCCGCUCCUGGAAAUGGAAAAGGUGCAAUACGAUGCUGUGGGGCAAACCUUUAAGAUCACCUACAAUCAUGAAAUGCUUCUGUAUCUUUUACUUUGUUUAGUAAUAAACAUUUAAAUGAG